GACAAAAGUAACUUCUUUUAUGCCAAGUUAUUUAAUGAUGUCAGCAGACAUUACUACAAACCUUGGAACAAAAGGGUGGCAAGCUUAAGGCACAAUUAUUUCAACACUCCAUGGGCUUUGAUCUCCUUUCUUGCAGCAUCUUUCUUGCUUCUACUUACCGUACUGCAAACAACAUUCACAAUUUUCCCUUGUUCUUGAAAGUGCCUCAAAUCUUUAAUAUGGAGGGAACAACGUCGAUCAGCGGAUUGCAUUGGGGUGCGUGAGAAGUGCAGGGUGUUAGGGUGCAUGCAUAGACUAGUUUGAAAUGUUUUCAUACAUAUCCUUUUGUGGCUUGCUUUAGUUAAUAAGUGCGUAUCUACUUUAGUGCCAUGUUUUUCUUUCUCUGUUUGGUUGGGUUCCUUUGGACUUCUAAAUUAUAAUGUACUUUUUCUGUAUAAGAUCUACUAAAUAAAAACUAUUUAAUAUU